AGAAGAGUUGAAAUCUGUUCUUGUUGGAGGUUGACGUAGGGUUGGCCUUUACAAUGGUGCAGCUCUCACCAUCCAGUCCCACUGGCGACAGCCAGCUGAUGCAAGACAUCAACAAUCAGUCCGAGCGAGGCCUCGACUCCCUGCAGUCUUCGCUGUCAUCUACUGCAACACCUCUCCAGGUCUAUGAGAUGUACAUAGAGAAUGGCUUUAUCAGCCUAAAGCACAAAAUUCGCAAUAUUGAGAAAAAGAAGGUUAAACUAGAAGAUUACAGAGAUCGUUUAAACAACGGUGAGGAGCUGAAUCAGGAUCAGCUGGAAGCGGUGCAGAAAUAUGAAGAGGUGCUUCACAACUUGGAAUUUGCUAAGGAACUUCAGAAGACCUUUUCUGCUCUCAGCCAAGAGCUUAUUAAAGCCCAGAAGAAAUCACUGAGACGGGAGCACCUCCAGAGGCUUGAAGCGGAGAAGAGGCGGCUGCGUACAGUCCUGGAGAUCCAGUACUUGCUGCAGUCUUUCUCUCAGGAUCAUGUCCAGGUAGACUUUAAGGAUGGAAGGAAUGGAGCCAUGUACAUCUCCUCUAAGGAGCUGGAUUAUCUUGCCAAACUUGCAAAGCUGAUCUGCCACAAGAGGUUCAAACACAUGAGUUUGGAAGAUGAGAUGGAUCAGAUGGCUGUCUACUUCUGGAAUGUUUUAGAGGGCAAUGAGAAAACGGCGGCUGGAACAACCUAUAAAUAUUUGAAAGACCUGAUUGCCAGAAUGUUGGAUUGUGGCUAUUUUGAAAAUGUCCCUAAUCCUCCUGCUCCUCCUCCUCCAAAGAAGGAACCAGAGGUUCUACCAGAGGAGCCACCAAAGACUGAGAAAGUGGUAAAGACUGGGCUAGUGAGAGAACAAGGGUCCUUUGUGGAGUAUGUGAAGUCUGACCGUCGAGAGCUUUCCAUUCGACCCAUUAUGAUGAGAGCUGAUCAGAUGAGGAAAACAGAGGUGCAGAAACCAGAAGAGGCCAAAUACAUCAAACCAGAAGCCAUAAAAGCCUGGCCAGCAGCUACAAUGGUGAAAUUGCCAGAGCCGAAGAGGUGGCAGACCCCUCCUCCACUGACUCCACUUGCCAAACCUUGGGAAGGACCAAUGAGCACCCCCAAGCCUCAGCCUGCAGCUCUGCCUCAGCCUGCAGCUCUGCCUCUGAAGAAAGUUGAACUGGAACCAGCAAAGGAGAGACGUGAAAGGCCGCACAAACUGCCAUCUGAAAUCAGACCUGCUAAUCAGGUUAAGGAAAUAAAGGCUCUCCCUGUAGUGAAUGAGCAGACUCCAGUGAAAAAGAGGGAUAUUCCAGCCCCAAUUUGUGUUCAACAGUCCGCUAUAAACAAUUCACAGGCCCCACGGGUUCCCUCUCAGCCAGCUGCAGAAUUCUGCUCUUCACCAACUCUACCUAAAGAUCCGGAGCUCAGAAAACAAAGAAUCAAUGACCUUAUUGAUGAGAUCAAAGGAACUUAUAACUUCAUGCAGGACUCUGUGUUGGGUUUUGACUUUCCUUCUCAGAAAGGUUCUCCUCCACAGAUACCUCCAGAGUCUCCUGCUAAAGGUUGGUUAGAGAUUGUGUUGCUGAAGGGAAAAUGUGAUUCCUCACCAAGCUAUCCAUUGUGGAUGGACGAGACUCCUUAUAGGCUAUUGUCUUCUGACGGUGACAUGUUUGCUGCUGUCAGAAUAACUGAAGUGACUGCAGCCAAUUGGCUGUCAUUGUUCCUCAAACUUUUGCCCGGCUCCUUUGAUUAUCUGAUUGAAGAAUGGCAGCCCCUCACUGACAUCACACCACGAGUCUACGCCGACUCACACAGACCGAGACACAGUGAGCUGCGGCUGCAGAGACUCAGCGGGUUUCCCCCGCUUGACUCUCACUGGAGCCGUCUGGCUCAGCCUGGCCAGCUGAGACCUUGCGACUCUCCACAGGGACAUCUCAAGUUACACCAGCCCCAGACGGAGACCAUUUUAUUAAUGUUUAGUACUCCUGAUGGGCAUCCCCCGGGACAGGUGUCAACUGAGGCUCUACCAAUCCAAAAGGACCCCAUUGUGCAACCUCAGGAGUGCAAUUGGACUUCUGUCUGGUUUCUGACCCCAGAAAUUAACUUCUGCUUGUCUAACUUACAGCUCUCGCCGGCACCAGUUUCAACAGAGAUGGCGAGUGACUUGGCCUGUCCUGUUACACCUGAACCUGCUGACCUUCCUUCUAACCAUCCGUCUCCUGCCAGGUCUCCUACUCCAGGCAAUCUGCCAAGCAGCCGGAUCCAGUCUCCAAAGACUCCAACCAAUGUGUCAAUCUUGCAGCUGCAGCAGGAGGAAAUGGUCUUAUCCAGGAGCCCACCAAUGUCUGCUCACACCUCCCCGUUCCAGGGCAUGCCAGCUGUCUUUAAAGUCAAUACUCCACUACCUCUGCGAAAAGAGAUGGAGAUUAAGGAGGACCUGCCUUAUGCUGCAGAAUACCAACAGACCUACAGCACAGCCAGUACCCAGACCCUACCUCAUGGGCUAAUGGACAUGAAUGGAUCGGAUCCACAUACUUAUAUACAGGAGCCGCUACCAGGCCCAUAUUCUUCUGGGGUUUCUCCUGUAAGCAGUGGAAAUCUGCCUUAUUACACAUCCACCCCCAACAUUCUGCCCAGACUUUCCCAGCCGUGCCUGACUUCCAGAGGUGGAACAAUCCGAGCAACCAGCCGUGGAGGGCGUAUUCUGACCAAUGGCUAUCGCUGCCAGACCACUUUCAAAGGCCCAGAAAGCUUUAGAGCAGCUCAAUGUGUCCCUAAUGGAACAUACGGACAUGUGCAAUGCCCUGGGAGAGAUUUUCCAGUUAAUCAGUACAUAUCACGGGAUGCUAAUUCCCAUCUGUCUCACAAGCGAGGAAGUAUCACUCCUACUGCACGAUCUGCUACAAGAAAUUGGAGCGACUCUCGGCUCGGCAGUCCAGAACGUGAGGAAAGUUUCAACAGUACAGACUCUGGCAUGGGGGAUUCCCGCAACAUGACAUCAGUUGAUAUGUCAAUGAACCAAGCUGCCACAAUUCUUCCUGUUCAUGUCUACCCCCUUCCCCAACAAAUGAGGGUUGCCUUCUCUGCUGCCAGGACCUCCAACCUUGCUCCAGGUAGCCUAGAUCAGCCGAUAAUCUUUGACCUUUUGCUCAACAACCUGGGAGACACCUUUGAUUUUCAAAUUGGCCGUUUCCUGUGUCCCGUUAACGGCACCUAUGUCUUCAUCUUUCACAUGCUAAAGCUGGCUGUCAAUGUCCCACUGUAUGUUAACUUGAUGAAGAAUGAGGAGGUGAUGGUUUCGGCCUAUGCUAACGAUGGUGCUCCUGACCAUGAAACAGCCAGCAACCAUGCGGUACUACAGCUCUACCAAGGUGACCAGAUAUGGCUAAGGCUACACAGAGGGGCCAUUUAUGGCAGUAGCUGGAAGUAUUCUACUUUCUCUGGGUAUUUACUAUACCAGGACUGACUGUCCAGUUUUCCAGAGCUGGGACCAGCAGAUGAGCAGCUUUGGCAGUGGUGAAUGGUUGCGUGUUUUACCAAUGCAGUGUG